AUGAAAAAUAUCAAAAAUUAUAGAGUUAAUAAGGUUGCCCUAAAUCUGUAAAAUCAAGAUAAGUUCAAAAGUUUCAAUUAAUUUAUAACAUCUUUAAAAAGUAAAUAUAGUUUAUACUUAAAAGUAAUGAGCCUUCGAUCGUGUUAUUUACAAUCAUUAUUAUCAAAGAGAAAUAAGAAUCAAAACAGAGUAGCAAGAAAGUUUAGUCUCUAAGGCCACAUUUAAAAUUAAAGAUUUACUUUGUUGA